AUGGCUCUCGACGUCGACAAGGCCCGUAGCCAGUUCCCGGCCCUCAAAUCAGGCUUCAUCUUUGCUGACAAUGCAGGAGGUUCUCAGACCGCCGUGGGAGUCGCGGACCGAGUAUACGAUUAUCUACUGAAUACGAACGUCCAGCUAGGCGCCGAUUACUCCGUAUCGGUGCUCAGCACCCAGAAAGUAACCGUUCAAGCACCUGCAGAUGCUGCAAAGUUAAUCAACGCAGCAUCCCCGGAUGAGAUCGUCUUUGGAUCCAGCUCCUCGGCCAAUAUGGAGAACCUCACUCGCGGUCUCGAUGGUGAUAUCCAUGAAGGGGACGAGUUUAUCUUGACAGGGGAGCAUGAAGCGAACAAUGGGCCGUUCAAGAAACUUGCAGGGCGGAAGGGGGCUGUCCUCAAGUAUUGGAGCUCCACUCCCACGAGCCCCAAUAACCCGUACUCUGUCAGCCUCAAAGUCGAGGACCUCCUGCCUCUGAUUACCUCUCGUACUCGGAUAAUCGCAUUUACUGCGUGCUCCAAUAUUCUAGGCUCUAUCGUUCCCGUCAAGGCGAUCGUCAGAGCGGCUCGCUUGACCGCUCAAGAGGCGGGCGCCGCGAAGGUCGAGAUAUCAAUUGAUUGCGUCGGUUAUGCCCCGCAUCGAUUGAUCGAUGUGCAAGAUUGGGAUAUCGACUAUUGCGUAUUCUCAUACUACAAAGUAUAUGGACCUCACGCAUCUGCUCUAUACAUCCGCUCCCAAGCGCUCCAGUAUUCGCUCUCAUCCAUCGUCCAUCAUUUCCUCGACGUGAAACACUCUGCGGGGAAGCUCCAGAUCGGCGGACCUGGUUAUGAGCUUGUCUAUGGGACCACUGGGGUGAUCCCGUAUUUGCUUUCGCUGACCCCGGAGAACGACUUGAAAGCCACAUUUGCAGCCAUAGCCAUGCAUGAGCAGACACUGGUCGAGCCUCUCCUGGCAUAUUUAACCCAUGCUGAUCAGCAAGCCAGAGGGGUCCGGGUAGUAGGUGAAGAGUACCCGGGGCUGAUGAGAGUGCCGACUAUAAGCUUUGUCGUUGUCGGUGAAAGGCCAAUGAAGAGCAGAGAUGUCGUGAAGAUCUUUGACCAGAAGGGCGGAAUUGGCAUUCGCUAUGGUCAUUUUUACGCCUAUAGCCUGGUGGAUGGACUUCGGCCGAAGCUCGAUGUAGAUGACGGUGUCGUCCGCAUAUCCUUGGUUCAUUAUAAUACGGUGGAAGAAGUGCAGAGAAUCAUUGACAUCUUGAAGGAAGCAUUAGCGUAG